GGUGGUGUUGAUAGUAGUAGUUGUGCCAGUGGGUGACGCGCUGCUCCCUUACAAGGACGAGAGAAAAAUCCGCUGGCAAGCAGCAGAUUCGCGGGAUUCGGCUGGUCCAGCAGCAGCGCGCGCGCGUGUGUCUGAAAAGGUGUCCGUUCUUCGUUCGUUCGUUCGUUCGUUCGUGUUUUUCUCCUGAAGGAGAAUACCAUUUUUUGUUGUUGUCCAAUUUUCAAUAUCUACUGUUUGUUUUUAUUUUUGAUUUUUUACCUUACGGACAUCUCCCCCCUGUUGAAAAAAUAAAAAUACAACAAAAUCAUUUUCGUGUUGUUUCACUCGUUACCGGAGCGGGAUUGUUUAAUAGAAAAUUAUAUAAACCCUUUCCACACAGUUUGUUGAAGUUUUUCGUCGUAUCUUAAUUAUUUGAUAUAUGAUACAUCUGUUAUUAUUUUUUUUUUUUUAUGUGUGUGUACCGUCAUAAGUUAUAACGUGAACAAGUAUAUAUAUGUAUAUAUAGUUAAGAUUUGAAUCCGUGGAAAAAAUAAAACGAAAUUACUUGACUGAGGGUGAAAUCAAAAGAAGAACCUGCGUUGCUGCGUUGCUGUUUGGUGCCGAUUGUAAGAAGAAAAGAUAGAAAAAAAGAUAGAAAAGAGAUAACUGUGCAAAGUGAAAAGAUCGAAACUAUUUUUCUUUUUCUUUUUUGGUUAUCGAUGAGCAAGGAACGUUUAUUCUACUACUACUACUACUACUACUACUAUUACUUCCUGUUGCUUAACAUUUUCAUGAAAACGAUCGUAACCAUUAACGGAAGAAGAAGGUGAAAUUGCAAGAAAGAGAAUAAAAACCUGAAAGAAAGAAAUAUGAAAGAGAUGAAAGAGAAAAUGAUAGUGGAAAUAGCAAAAGCUUCAGAACUGUAAAACACGCGUGUGAGUAUUGUGUGUGUUUGUGUAUAGUAUAUGAGCGCGCUUACGCGCGUGUUCCGUGUAUUCGUCCUGGUGCUACUACCACUACUACAAUCUGAAUCUUUGUAUAUAGAUGUGUAAUGAUUCAGCCUAAGGGAGAAAAAAAUAUUUCGGAGAUCGAAGAACCACCAGUUUUUUUCUAUCGCACGGUUCUAUUUUAUCCAAGAGCUUUUCGUUGAAAAAAUUUUCAAAAGGAAAGAAGGAAAGGAAAGAGAACUCUUUUUCUUUUUUAUUUCCUUAUCUUUUUAUCUACUUCUAUAUAUAUCUCUCUUUCUCUUUUAACCGAUAAAUCAGAAUAUCAUCGAAGAAGGUUUCUUCUUCUUCUUCUUCUACGAAAGUACUCGAAGAAGAUUAGUAAUACGAUCCGUGAUAAAGAAAUAAACGAGAAUAAGAAUAAUAAUAAUAAUAAUAAUAAUAAAAAAAGGAAGAUAAAAAUUGUUGGUAAAUCGAAUCAACGAGAUAUGGAUGCCUUGGAAUUGCAAGCUGCCCUGGUGAAGUUGGAUCCGGCGACUACGGUUACCCCGAUCACUUCAAAUGUCAAACUGAUGUCUAAUCAUCGGAUUACCUUUGUCGUCGACGUAGACGGUGAUGAUUUAACUCUAAGAAGAAAUACUUUGGAAAUCGAUGAAAAACAGUUAAACGUUGGUAGUAGUGGUGGUGGUAAUUGCUCGUCAAGUAUUGAACAUCAACAAAGUUCAUCUACUAUUACAACUAAUACUAAUACUAUCUCGACCAAUGGUACGAGGAAACUUCAAAACGCGAAUUGUGGUGGCGCCAGCCUGCUGACGGCUACAACUACUACUACUACUACUACAACUACCCAUCAGAAUCAUCAAACCAGCCAACAACAGAUGGGGGUGUCCAAGUGUAAUCUCGUCGAGGUCAGGUGACGCCAGCCCUGCUUC